UGUGAAAGCAGCCAAGUUACGUCGGCAGCGCGCCAUAUUGCCCGCAUCGGCGCCCGAUGGCGUCCUGCCAUGCGUCACUGGAGACCCCUGACUGUCAGGGGCCAGUGGGCGCUCUGGUGCCAUUCAGUUCGACAUGCAGGAAGCAUUCAAUCUGCUGGGCUGUGGGAGCUCUUGGAGUAUAACGCCCACUACUUCAACCCUCAUCGAAUGGCAUCACUUCUAGCACAAGUGCUGGAUCAACCCCGUCGGGAAGCACGAGGAGAUCCUCGACUCCAAGCCUAUUUGCAGAAGGCCAUCACGCAGUGCCAUUUGUACGAGAACUUGAGGGACUUGACCGCGAAGGACAUUGCUGAGGCUGUUGCUCUUUGCCGAGAGGUGAAGCAUCCUGCGGCGGAGGAUUUGUCCGACGUGUUGGUGGAGACCGUGUCCUUGCAGAUGCCUAGGCUUGAGGCAACCCGUGUCUCACACUUCGUGACAUGCUUUCGAAAGAGGCAGAUCGAGGACGCGCGCUUUUGGAAGUCGGCCGCCAAGGCCGUGGUGGCCGCGAAGCAGCCCAUGACACCGCAGGAGGUGCUCUCCUUGUUGGAUGCCUUCCGGAAGGUUGGCCUUCGCUCACCUCGGCUCUUUCAGGCCUUGGCCCGUCGAGUCUUUGAAGUCCUGGAUGAACUGGAAGCUCGGAACAUCCCACCCAUGGUCGCAACCUUUUGCCGGGUGCCCAUAAAGGAGGAGGAGCGCGAGGAGGUGGUCCACGCGCUGGUGACCCGGUGGCUGGUGAUGUUGGACUACAAGGCCGGCAUCACCGUGCAACAAAUCCUGAGCUUGGCAGUGUCACUUCAGUUGUCGCCCCACCUCAUCAACACUGCAGUCUUCACCAAAGAGGUCUUGAAUUACAUGGCCAAUCGCUUCCAUCUUCUCCAAGCCGAUGAGGCCAUUGUCUUCGUUUGGGCCUUGCAACGUUUGGUCGUGCCCGGCAGCUCCACGGCCAUGCUUGCGCGGGGGCUUCAUCAGGUGCAACGACUCUGGCGUCUUUUGUCCGCCUCCAAUGAGCUGAGCCUGCAACGUCUGAUGCAGCUCUCAGAAGUCUUGGCUUGCGUCAAGGAGGAGGCGAAGGGAUCUUACUGGACCAAGGAGUUGGAGGAGUUGCAUGACUUGGCCAUUGAGGACCUGGCAGAAUCGGUGCAAUAUGCUCAGUCCGACAGCUUGGCGCAGAUCUUGGAGACUUGGAAAGGCUCGGAGGCCUUCUGGCGCAAGCACGAGCACUUGGCGGAGGCCGUGGCCAAGCGAAUGGAGGAGCUGCUGCUGGAACGACCGGAGGCCACAGAGAUCAUUGCCAUUUUCCAGGCUGCGCUCAGCGCGCCGGGUUUGGCGAAAUGUUUGCCAUCAAGCGCGGUCGAGGUGCUGUCCUCAGCUUUGCUUGGGCGUGGGCCAGAGGAGUUUGAGCGAGUUCAAGCGGUGUUGGCCGGAAGCCCGUGGGAGAUUUUGUGCCAAGGCGGCGGCGGCAGCGCCCCGUCCACAAGGGCGGCGCCAGCGGCGCCGGACACGGUGGAAGAGGCAGAGGCACAUCCGGAGUUCCGGACUUUGAUCGAUUCAUGGAGAAGUCCCAGGACCGACCUGGAGCUUGCAGAGUUCCUCCGACAGGCCUGCAGCGUCUCCUCCAGCGCCUCUCAGGCGCUCGAGGCGCUCGAGGCAGCGGCGCCCUUCGCCGAGCGCUUGGCACAGGACGCCACGAAGGAGGUCUUGCAGCAUUUGGAGCAGCUUUGCCACAAGAUUGCAGAGGGUGUGGAUGACUUGCCGGCUCAUGGCAUUGUCUCGGCAUUGCGAGCUUGUGCAGAAGCAGGGCUCCCGUACGCUCCACUGUGCUCCGUUGCGUUAGCUUCACUGGGAGCUGACUUGAGAGCAGCUCAGUCUGUGGAGGUGCUGGAGUCCUGUGCUGCGCUUCGGCUUGAGAUCCCUCAGUUGCGGCCUUGGCUGUCGUUGCUGUUGGAGAAGGGCUUGGAGCGUCAGCUCUCGGCGGGCGGCUUGGCACGCUUGCUGGCGGCUGCCGGGCGAUUGGGGCUGCUGGAGGCCCAUGAGACUGCUGAGAUCCUUCACAGGAUCGUCACCGUUGCCUCACCGCUUCGGCCGCUGGCCGCAGAGGCAUUGGCUGCACUCAGCCUGGGCCUGGCGCUCCUGCGCUGGCAACCCAGUGAUGGGCGGGCCGCUGACUUCUGGCAGGUGGCCUGCUGGAUAGGUCAGCUGGACCGCAGCCACGUGCAGCCCGGACACAUCUUCGCCUUGAGAAGCUUUGCGUUGUGGCUCCUGGUGUCACCCGAAAACCGUGUGGCGGUGAAUGAGCUGAGACCCGACUUGCAGAGAGCCAUCGCCAAGUUGGUCCGCGAGAAUUCGACUCAGCAUCGGCCUGUCUCAGACACCACACUGAAGUUCCGGCACGAGGCGGCAGAAGUCUUGAGAAGAGCCAACCAGCCCUAUGAUCUGGACAUCAGUCUGGGCUUGGGCUUUGUGGAUUUGGCACUCCCCGGGGCUGACGGUGUUUUCUGGCUGCUGGACGGACCAGAGGCUUUCCGUCGACCCUUCCGCACUGAUGCUGGUAGACCACAGCUCCACCUCGUUCCGAUGGAAGAUUUCCGCUCAGAACUCUUUUUGGCGGUGCUGAAACCAGGUGCUGUGACAGAGAUGGAUGCUGUGUUGGACACAUGGGAAGGAGAGGCGAAGACCAGGACAGCCCUUGGUGUACCAGGAUACCUUGCUAGGAAGUUCCCAUGGUUGGAGGCCAGUGAGGUGCGGCUUGCCCGGUUGGAUUGGUUGGACUGGGAGCGCUUGCCUCCACAAGCUCGGCUGUCCGCCUUGACCAAGCCGCAGCCGCGGAUCCUCCAAGAAAAGGGGCGUUGAAGAAGAGGGGUCGGGUCGAAGCUGGGGGUCCAGGCGGAAAGAUGUGUGUGUGAGAAACCUUUUGGAAUCACAAGGUGCC